GGACCGUUUGGGCUGUGCAUCAGGGACAAUGGCUCCUUUGUGUGUUCACCAGGUGGAACGAUUCCAGGGCUGCAACUGCCCCCGAUGGACUUCAGCGAGCCCAGGCGCGCUGCAUCCAUUGCGGAAGUGGAAUACAAACACGUGCUGCUCCUGUACACCCUGGAAGUUGUACGGCAGUCCGAAGCGAUCUCCAAUCUUUGCCUCAUGUUUUCGGUGCUGCUCAUCAUGCUCAUCACUUGCUUUGUGAUGAACUCCAGCGUAAACAGUGUGGUCCUGAAACCGUUGCAACGUGUGGUUGGGGUCUUGCGACAGCACUGUGCUGAAAUCAUGAAGAUGACCUUCGAAAUUCCGCAGGAGCCCGAGGAGAAAGCUGGGCGCAAAUCUUCCAAGGAUCUCUCAUCCAAUGCAGAUGAAAACAAGGAGCAAGAAGUCGAGAUGUUAGAGAAGGUUUUGGUAAAGAUUGUGCACAUCUUUGAAACCGCUGUGCUGAAGACGCGUCGCACCAACAACGAGGAAGAGGCUAUGUUCCUGGACAAUUUUGCAGGUGUAGAAAAGAAUGACAAGACACAGGCACCGAUCAUGACGCUGCAGGGAGCUGACAAAAGUGAGGACCAUUCGGCUGGAGUGAGUGCAGAGAUGCGGAAACAAUUGGAGCAUCGCAGCCUCAACCUCUUUGAGGAGCCCGACGAGAUGCAGCGCCGAGUGGCGUUGUACGUCAUGACCAACACGCGCAGCUGUCGACGAUGGGUCAGGAGACAAGGCAUGCAGGAGACGCUCAUGAAGUUCAUCACGGUGAUUCAGAGCAAAUACCAAGCCAAUCCGUUUCAUAACUUCGGUCAUGGGUUGGACGUGCUGUCCGAAGUCCGGCUGUACCUGCAUCGAAUCAACUCCUACACCAUCUUCUCGGAGGUGACGGUCUUUUGGCUGUUGGUAGCUGCCCUGGGCCAUGACGUGAAUCACCUGGGCGUGAACAAUCAGUUCCUGGUCGAGACCUCUCAUGCACUGGCUCUGAAGUACAACGACAAGUCGGUCUUGGAAAACCUGCACUGCUCCACUCUUUUCGAGGUUCUCAGUGAUGCCUCCACCAACGUCUUGAAGGUCCUUGAAAAGGCUGACUACAAGGUCGCACGUGCUGGCAUCGUGGAGGUCAUCCUGGGCACAGACAUGGUCCGUCACAGUGAAGACAUCAAGGCCCUGUCGAUUGCCUAUACGGUACACCAGGAGGCCUUUGCAGCAGCUGCGCGGGAACAUCCUCAAGAG